CCAGCCCAUACACACCCCACCCUUAUCUACGGACACACUGCUCCACCGACGCAAAAAUUCUCCAUUUAUACCACUUUCCCUUAACUUCUUCUUCAGUUCUUGGAGCCCAAAUUACAUAACAUAUUCUACAGAAAACAAGGAAAAAAAUGGCUAAAUUGCUACUGUUGUUUGCUCUCUGCCUGCUCCCAGCAAUCGCUACUGCUCAGCUUGCGGCCAACCCAUUUCUUGUAACCGGUAAAAUCUACUGUGACACUUGCCGCUGCGGCUAUGAGACAACUGCGUCCAAGUACCUCCCUGGUUCUCUCGUUAAAAUUGUGUGCAAAGACAGGGACACCUCACGAGUUACAUAUGAGGUUGAGGGUGUGACCGACUCAACUGGAACAUACAACAUCCUGGUACAGAGUGACCAUGGAGAUGAUGCAUGUGAUGCAGUUUUGGUCAAGAGUUCAGAUCCCGAAUGCAGCACUCCUAACUCAGGCAGGGACAAAGCCAGAGUCAUCCUCACCCGCAACAAUGGCAUGGUUUCCGACGCUCGUUUUGUCAAUGCCAUGGGAUUCUCCCAGAAUGUGCCUUUGGCUAGCUGCCCCCAGAUACUCCAGAAAUACCAGGAAGCUGAAGAUUGAAAUAAUUGACUGUCGACUUCUGCGCCUACAUAGAAUCUGAUAUGUUAUAAUGCCUUAUUGACGGACAGUAUAUUUGAGUUGUUAAUUGUUUCUGAACGUGCUGUUAUGUGUCUUUAGCUUUCUUUUCAUAAUUUAUUCAAGACAUUGUUAUUUUGUCACUUAAUUGUGGCUUACAAACUAAAAUGGUUAAAAUAGAUGCUUUGUGCUGUAAAAUACUUGUAACGUGUCAUUUUGGCGCCAAUGAGUUAUGAAGUAAUUCUUUAGGAA